AUGUCGAGGGCCCCAGGGCUCCCAAGGCCUAGGAGUGGGAUGGCCUUGUGGUCUUUACGGGUCUACACCUACAAGAAGCGGGCAGGCCAGAGGCUCAAUGUAACUCCGACUCCUGACCAAGACCUGCCCCUGAGGACACAGGCCCGGCCAGGCCUGAAGGGGAAAGGCAAACAGCCGGGUUUGCCGAAGAUAGCAGAGACUGAGCAGAGCAGGCAGGGAGCUAGCAGCUCUGCAUUGCCAAGCACUCAGUUAAGAAUUACAGGAGAGACAAGCCUGAAAGAAAAUAGCGCUCGAGACGAGACCCAGGAUGAGAAGAUGGCUCCAUUGAGUGACUCAGUGACUGAGGACCUCCAGGUUGAUAGUAGUUCAUAUAAUAGUGAACUAAUAUCAGGACUAAGUUUGCCAUGUGAUGUUUCCAGUUCUCUCCUGAGCUGUUCAACCACAGAGUCUUACACAGAACACAAGAGUAUUGAAGAGGAAUUAGAUAGUUUCUCAUCACCUGAACUGUUCAGAGGAUCAGAUUAUUUUGAUUGGGAGUAUCCCAAGAUGAAAGAACAAAAGCAAUGCAAGAACUCUACUCUUCUGGAUACCAGUAAAGCAGUAACAAUAGAGAAGGUGCCACAGUUUUCAGACUUCUCUGCAAUUCUGAACACCUCUUUAGAAAACUAUCAAAAAUGCCACAGAAAAAAAGUGAUGACAUUAGCAUACCAAUGUAUUUCUCCAAAACCAAAGUUUACUUCAAAUUCAAAAUCAGAUAAUACAGCUUGUGAGGUUUUACUUGCUGAAAAAACUUGCCCUUCAACUCCUGAAAAAACAAAGAAGAAAAAAACAAAUUCAAGUACUCCUGAUAAGAAAAGCAGAGGCCUGUUAACAAGUACUCCAUCUUCAGAGACAGCUGAUUUCAUGAUUAAUUUGUCUUCAGUACAAAAGGCACCUUUUGAAGAACUCUUUCCAAAUAUCAGCAAUUAUGUAAACUCAGAUGAAAUUGUUCCUGUGUCAAAUUUGCCAGAAAAUUCUUCAAAUGAGAUUCCUUCAGAUACAUCAGAAAUUUGUUGUAUUAUUAGGGCAUCACCAGGAACUAGACAAUUGAAAAAUAAAGGUGAUACUGUAAAUAAGAAACAUUCUCCUCCUAAAGAUAUUACUCAAGCCAUGACUGGGACGGCAGUCCUGCCAGGGUCCUCCACCAGUGCCCCUAAGCCCGGCUCUGCGGAAUCCCGCUCAGUCUAA